AUGGAUGUCCCAUUCAAUAUGCAAACAUUAAAUAAUUUCUCUAAGCUGACAGGACAAUUACCUGUAAAUAUUGCAGCUAUUCUUCUUAAUAUUGAAGAUUCACAAAAAUGGUUUAAUGAAUAUGAAGAAACAUCAAAAACAACCAUGCCUGAGACAAAAGGCUUUCAAAUACAAGGAAAAAAGGUUAUUUUUAGAGAAUUGCGCCAUUGUAUACAUAGCAACAAAGUAAGGCAAAAACAGGGGAAUCCUAUUUUAAAAAAACCUUAUUCGUCACGUAUUAGAAAUACUGAAUGUGCAGCUACAAUUCAUCUUCGAAUUGAGUGUUGGCAUCUUCAAACUACUUACCCAUUGGAAGUUAAUAUUAACUUUGUACAUAAUCAUAUUAUUCAUUGUGCUAAGUCUCUUAGCUUUCGACGUGUUAAAGAGGAAGUUUGUACUAAGUAUCUUGAGCUCUUUACUAAUGGACAUUCACUAGCAACUGCUUUGUAUAUUUAUGAGGAUAAUCUUUACUUGACUAAACGUUUUUUAUGUCUUGGCUGGGAAGCAAUUGAUGCAACAAAAAUUCAACAAACUGAAACAAAUAUGGAAUUUUUAGUUCCAAGUCAAGAAAAUGCUAAUAAAUUUUAUAUAGUUAAUAUCAAACUUAGUACAUGUACUUGUUAUAUUGGAUCAUCUAGAGCACCAUGUAAACACCAAGGUGCAGUAGCUGCAAGAUACAAUAUUGGACUGUUAAAUUUUCUUUAUUCAUUAACGCCAGAUGAUCAUGCACAGUUUGCAUAUAUCGCGCAUGGGCUUACGGCAAAUAAUCCUUCAUUUUAUGCAUCGUUGCAUACACAUAUGAGCGAUCAACUUGAAUAUCACAAGCAUAAUAAUACUAAGUUUUUGAAUAGUAUAUCUCUAGAGUCAGAAGAAUUUAAUGUAAUCCAAACUCAGGAGUUGGAAGAACUUAAUGUGAACCAAACUACAGAUUUAGA